GGAAAAAACUGCCAACCUGGCAGCCCUGACUCCAUGGCACAGACACAGGAGCUGUUAGGUAUUAUUAGCGCGACGCCAAGGGAGGUUGAUCGACGUGCCUGUAUGACGUAAAAUGUACGCGACUGAGAGACUGGCGGAAAGGGGCCAUGGAGCCUGCGCAGGAGGGACGGAGAGGUCAUUUACCAAAGCCCUUCACACCUCAGCAAGCAAGAGAUCUCAUACUAAAUCUCACCCAGCCCGUUGUCUUCCACCAUAUGGUGUCUGAUUGGCCGGCCUCAGCUUGGAAUGUCGGCUACCUGUCAUCUGUACUGAGUGAGAACCCACUGUGCUUCAGGAUUGGGAAGAAGGCUUUAGAUACAGAACCCCAGUUUGAGACCCGUUGCAGUUACAUCAGUGGGACCCUGGGGCAGUUCCAGGAGUGGGUCCGGGGCACCUCUGCGCACCUUUGGGGCUCAUUCUCUGCCUACGAUCCAUCAGAAUACUGGGCCUACGCCGACUACAAAUACCUGGCGGUGGUGUUUAAAGAUCGAGCAGAGAUGCUGCAGGACGUGGUGUGGGCGGAUUUCGGGUUUCCUGGAAGAGAUGGAAAGGAAAGUUCCCUCUGGGUCGGAAGCUCGGGCGCCAAUACCCCCUGCCAUGUAGAUUCCUAUGGCUGCAACCUUGUGCUACAGGUACAAGGCAGGAAAACGUGGCACCUUUACCCCCCGGGGGACACCCCGCACAUGUACCCCACCAGGAUACCCUACGAGGAGUCCAGUAUUUUCAGCAAAGUCAAUGUUGUAAACCCAGACCGGAGCCGCUUCCCUUUAUUCUCCAGAACCAGCCCCCAUGUGGUCACUUUGCACCCAGGACAGGUUCUGUUGGUGCCGCGGCACUGGUGGCAUUACGUUCAGUCCGUCGAUGACAUGACAGUCAGCAUUAAUUCCUGGAUAGAGCUGGAUUCCGAUCAUGAAUCUCGUGUGCAGGAGGCUGUCACACGAACGCUUGUGUGUCUCUUCAAAUCUGCUGAUCCCUGCAGCCCCCCCGACUGGCUCAAUCCCACUGAGGACGAGGUCCCCACCCAUCAGACCAACCUGCGGGACCUGAGCAGAGCAGUUGGCGCUUACACAGAAUAUCAGAGGGAGAAACAGUGGAGCAGAGACAGCCGCACGGGGAACUCGGGGCCCAAGAGGAGACGGACAGAGGGAGAAGUAGAAGCUGCAGGAGACAAGCCCCUCCCCAGCGCCCCAUUUGGGCCCCAUCUCAGCCCAGUUGCACCGACCCCCCCAGAGCCCAAUGUAGGAAGGGCAGAGUAUUGCUCAGCAGACGCGCAGCAGAACGUCACUAUAGAGACACUGCCCAAAGCAUGUGACUCCCAUGCUCGACAAUUGGGCUCAGACAGAACCAUAUCAAGUGAGGAGGUUCUGGACUGCUUGGUGGAUCCACAAGUCAUUCGGCUGGUAACUGAGCUCUUGCUGCAAAGGCUCAGCCCUUAAUGCCCCUUAUACAGUCUGGGUUUAUAGAUGAUUGUUUGCAGCAGCACCAGAACCAGCAGUACCAUGAGCCCACGGCCCAACCCAACAGCGCAGCCACCAGAUCAACCCACUACUUGCCCUGUGCUGCCUUCAACAGUGGCUGCAACUGGAUCCACUGAUCAGAAUGUGAAAAUCCAGUAAUUGGGCCAAGGUGACUCGAGCUCUAGUGCUGUUGUGCUGCUCGCCUGGUUCUGCUGCUUCCUGGUACUGACACUUAUAUUCAGGGUGUGACAGACUGAUCCACACUGGUACUGAAUCGACCCAGUCAGCCAGGGAGCCACAGGUACAGUAUUUUCUAAUAAAAAUAUCAAGUUUUCUACAAA